AAUCGUAAAAAAAAACAGGAUCAAAACCAACAACACGUUGUUGGUCGAACAGAGCGUGUGUUGUGAUUCAUCGCUAUUAGUCUGAAAAACAUUGGGUUCUCCUGUGACCAUAUAUUUCGAUCAUCAGUGUCACAAAAUGGUUCAAAUCGAAGAAUCUAAAAUCGCCGACAUCGGCCGCGUGCUAAACGACCAAGGCCGGCCACUGAAGGAGCGCUUCCGCGCACUAUUCACGUUGAAAAACAUCGGCGGACCAAAGGCUUUGGAGUCCAUCGAAGCCUGCUUCGGAGACGAUUCGGCGUUGCUGAAGCACGAACUGGCGUACUGCUUAGGACAGAUGCAAGACCAAGCGGCUAUUCCAGUUCUGACGAAGGUACUGCAGGACACCAAGCAGGAACCAAUGGUACGACAUGAGGCUGCGGAAGCUCUUGGAGCAAUCGGCACAUCGGAGGUCGAGCAGAUUCUCAUCAAAUAUUCAAAAGACCCGAUCGUCGAAGUAGCGGAAACAUGCGAAAUUGCUCUGGGUCGCGUUAGAUGGCUACAAAACAAGGAAUCGAAUUUCACAGACAACAACCCCUAUGCAUCAGUCGAUCCGACACCCCCUGCAGAGACGACAAAUGUGACCGAGCUGCAGAAGGUUCUGUUGGAUGAAAAUGAGUCUUUGUUCAACCGGUACCGCGCGAUGUUCAGCUUGCGAAACUUGCGAACGGAAGAAUCUGUUCUGGCACUUGCCUCAGGAUUGAAAGGAAAAAGUGCUCUUUUUAGACAUGAAGUUGCUUUCGUAUUAGGACAAUUGCAGGAGCCAUGCAGCAUUCCAUUUUUGGCCGAAAAUUUGAGAGAUAGUGCCGAGAACGAAAUGGUACGACAUGAAUGCGCCGAAGCCUUGGGGGCCAUUGCCACCGAGGAAUGUACUGAAAUACUAAACGAAUACCUGAAGGAUGAAAAACGAGUUGUCAAGGAGAGUUGCGAGGUUGCGCUAGAUAUGUGUGAGUACGAAAAUAGUCCGGAAUUUCAGUAUGCCGACACGUUGGGGAAGGUAACCCACUAGGUGUGUUAUAAUAAAAGGAUUGAGCUCAUGUAUAUUUGAUUCAA